AUGGGCCUGUCCGGAAUAUGGGGCCUCCUUAUCACCAGAGACAGAGGAGGCCGAGGAGGCGGCACCACCGACCCACCCAACCCCCGACCCACCGACUCCCUUCCCAGAAUAUGGGGCCUCCUUAUCACCAGAGACAGAGGAGGCCGAGGAGGCGGCACCACCGACCCACCCAACCCCCGACCCACCCGACCCACCGACUCCCUUCCCAGAAUAUGGGGCCUCCUUAUCACCAGAGACAGAGGAGGCCGAGGAGGCGGCACCACCGACCCACCCAACCCCCGACCCACCGACCCACCGACUCCCUUCCCAGAAUAUGGGGCCUCCUUAUCACCAGAGACAGAGGAGGCCGAGGAGGCGGCACCACCGACCCACCCAACCCCCGACCCACCGACUCCCUUCCCAGAAUAUGGGGCCUCCUUAUCACCAGAGACAGAGGAGGCCGAGGAGGCGGCACCACCGACCCACCCAACCCCCGACCCACCGACUCCCUUCCCAGAAUAUGGGGCCUCCUUAUCACCAGAGACAGAGGAGGCCGAGGAGGCGGCACCACCGACCCACCCAACACCCGACCCACCGACUCCCUUCCCAGAAUAUGGGGCCUCCUUAUCACCAGAGACAGAGGAGGCCGAGGAGGCGGCACCACCGACCCACCCAACCCCCGACCCACCGACUCCCUUCCCAGAAUAUGGGGCCUCCUUAUCACCAGAGACAGAGGAGGCCGAGGAGGCGGCACCACCGACCCACCCAACCCCCGACCCACCGACUCCCUUCCCAGAAUAUGGGGCCUCCUUAUCACCAGAGACAGAGGAGGCCGAGGAGGCGGCACCACCGACCCACCCAACCCCCGACCCACCGACUCCCUUCCCAGAAUAUGGGGCCUCCUUAUCACCAGAGACAGAGGAGGCCGAGGAGGCGGCACCACCGACCCACCCAACCCCCGACCCACCGACUCCCUUCCCAGAAUAUGGGGCCUCCUUAUCACCAGAGACAGAGGAGGCCGAGGAGGCGGCACCACCGACCCACCCAACACCCGACCCACCGACUCCCUUCCCAGAAUAUGGGGCCUCCUUAUCACCAGAGACAGAGGAGGCCGAGGAGGCGGCACCACCGACCCACCCAACCCCCGACCCCCCGACUCCCUUCCCAGAAUAUGGGGCCUCCUUAUCACCAGAGACAGAGGAGGCCGAGGAGGCGGCACCACCGACCCACCCAACCCCCGACCCACCCGACCCACCGACUCCCUUCUCAGAAUAUGGGGCCUCCUUAUCACCAGAGACAGAGGAGGCCGAGGAGGCGGCACCACCGACCCACCCAACCCCCGACCCACCCGACCCACCGACUCCCUUCCCAGAAUAUGGGGCCUCCUUAUCACCAGAGACAGAGGAGGCCGAGGAGGCGGCACCACCGACCCACCCAACCCCCGACCCACCGACUCCCUUCCCAGAAUAUGGGGCCUCCUUAUCACCAGAGACAGAGGAGGCCGAGGAGGCGGCACCACCGACCCACCCAACCCCCGACCCACCGACUCCCUUCCCAGAAUAUGGGGCCUCCUUAUCACCAGAGACAGAGGAGGCCGAGGAGGCGGCACCACCGACCCACCCAACCCCCGACCCACCGACUCCCUUCCCAGAAUAUGGGGCCUCCUUAUCACCAGAGACAGAGGAGGCCGAGGAGGCGGCACCACCGACCCACCCAACACCCGACCCACCGACUCCCUUCCCAGAAUAUGGGGCCUCCUUAUCACCAGAGACAGAGGAGGCCGAGGAGGCGGCACCACCGACCCACCCAACCCCCGACCCACCGACUCCCUUCCCAGAAUAUGGGGCCUCCUUAUCACCAGAGACAGAGGAGGCCGAGGAGGCGGCACCACCGACCCACCCAACCCCCGACCCACCGACUCCCUUCCCAGAAUAUGGGGCCUCCUUAUCACCAGAGACAGAGGAGGCCGAGGAGGCGGCACCACCGACCCACCCAACCCCCGACCCACCGACUCCCUUCCCAGAAUAUGGGGCCUCCUUAUCACCAGAGACAGAGGAGGCCGAGGAGGCGGCACCACCGACCCACCCAACCCCCGACCCACCGACUCCCUUCCCAGAAUAUGGGGCCUCCUUAUCACCAGAGACAGAGGAGGCCGAGGAGGCGGCACCACCGACCCACCCAACCCCCGACCCACCGACUCCCUUCCCAGAAUAUGGGGCCUCCUUAUCACCAGAGACAGAGGAGGCCGAGGAGGCGGCACCACCGACCCACCCAACACCCGACCCACCGACUCCCUUCCCAGAAUAUGGGGCCUCCUUAUCACCAGAGACAGAGGAGGCCGAGGAGGCGACAGAGGAGGCCGAGGAGGCGGCACCACCGACCCACCCAACACCCGACCCACCGACUCCCUUCCCAGAAUAUGGGGCCUCCUUAUCACCAGAGACAGAGGAGGCCGAGGAGGCGGCACCACCGACCCACCCAACCCCCGACCCACCGACUCCCUUCCCAGAAUAUGGGGCCUCCUUAUCACCAGAGACAGAGGAGGCCGAGGAGGCGGCACCACCGACCCACCCAACCCCCGACCCACCGACUCCCUUCCCAGAAUAUGGGGCCUCCUUAUCACCAGAGACAGAGGAGGCCGAGGAGGCGGCACCACCGACCCACCCAACCCCCGACCCACCGACUCCCUUCCCAGAAUAUGGGGCCUCCUUAUCACCAGAGACAGAGGAGGCCGAGGAGGCGGCACCACCGACCCACCCAACACCCGACCCACCGACUCCCUUCCCAGAAUAUGGGGCCUCCUUAUCACCAGAGACAGAGGAGGCCGAGGAGGCGGCACCACCGACCCACCCAACCCCCGACCCACCGACUCCCUUCCCAGAAUAUGGGGCCUCCUUAUCACCAGAGACAGAGGAGGCCGAGGAGGCGGCACCACCGACCCACCCAACCCCCGACCCACCGACUCCCUUCCCAGAAUAUGGGGCCUCCUUAUCACCAGAGACAGAGGAGGCCGAGGAGGCGGCACCACCGACCCACCCAACCCCCGACCCACCGACUCCCUUCCCAGAAUAUGGGGCCUCCUUAUCACCAGAGACAGAGGAGGCCGAGGAGGCGGCACCACCGACCCACCCAACACCCGACCCACCGACUCCCUUCCCAGAAUAUGGGGCCUCCUUAUCACCAGAGACAGAGGAGGCCGAGGAGGCGGCACCACCGACCCACCCAACCCCCGACCCACCGACUCCCUUCCCAGAAUAUGGGGCCUCCUUAUCACCAGAGACAGAGGAGGCCGAGGAGGCGGCACCACCGACCCACCCAACCCCCGACCCACCCGAUCCACCGACCCACCCAACCCCCGACCCACCCGACCCACCCGAUUACCCCGAUCCUCCGACUCCGAAUACCAACAAUCCUCCCAUGUGUGCCCGACCCACCCAACCCCCGAACCACCCGAUCCCCAACUCCCUUCCCAGAAUAUGGGGCCUCCUUAUCACCAGAGACAGAGGAGGCCGAGGAGGCGGCACCACCGACCCACCCGAUCCUCCCAUGUGUGAUCGACCCACCCAACCCCCGACUCCCUUCCAAGAAUCCCAAUACAGUAAAAGCUUGGUUUGA